AUGGAUCUUGCUAACAAAAUUUCGAACGUUUGCCUUGCAAAGUUUGAUAAUCUCCCCAAAACGGGUAAGCCGAAAGAAGGCUUCGAGUGGACCAUUUUAUCAGCGAUAGUGAAAGUUGAAUUAUGCACAAGUUUGCAAAAAAUAGACGUGGUUGCCCUUGGAACAGGAACCAAAUGCUUGGGAUCCAGCGAGUUAAGCGCAAAAGGUGAUGCUCUGAAUGAUAGUCAUGCUGAAAUCAUGGCAAGAAGAGGUUUUUUGCGGUAUCUAAUGAAUGAGAUGAAUCUGUGUUUAUCAGACCGUUCGCACAUUUUUAAAUAUGAGAAAAAAGCGAGGAAGUUUAUUUUGGAACAAAACAUUUCGUUUCAUUUUUUCACAACGCAUAGUCCUUGUGGAGACGCUAGCAUCUACGAACAGGCAGAUGAGCCGGAAAAAGAUGGUCCUUCCACAAAAAGAGUGAGAUUAAUGAGUGAUGCUAGUAAUAUUGGAUCUACUAUGCGUGAUCGCACUCAAGGAAUGACAGGCGGCAAAUUAUUGCAAUGUUCGGGAUCGGAUUUGAUGGCACAAGAUACAGGAAUGGUCAGAACAAAACCUGGAAAGGGUGUGAGAACACUGUCAGUCUCUUGCAGCGAUAAAAUGGCUCGGUGGAAUAUCCUCGGAAUACAAGGUUCUCUGCUGAUGUCGUUACUUGAGGAGCCUAUUUAUUUGGAGAGCAUUAUCGUUGCCGAUGGUACCGAUUAUAGUAAAGACGCCUUGGAGAGAGCUCUAUGGAGACGCUGGGAAACUGUGUUGAACCAAGAUGUACUUUUGAAGCCGUUUAGACUGCAUAAGCCUAACGUGCUUGCAGCUACAGAUGGUGGAUUUUUUCCUUUCCGAAAGAUCUCAAAAUCUAAUGAUUCUAACAAAAUUCAACCAUCUCCAGGAGGAAUUGUUUGGUGCGCAGGUUUAGUAGAAAGACCUUUGGAGGUGGAAAUCGGCGGCCGGCGGCAGGGAGUCAUCAAGAAGAAACUCGGUACACCUGCAGCUCGUCUGAAGAUAUCGAAAAUUGAAUUAUUUUCAACGUUUAUUUCAUUGCGAAACGCAAUGUGGCUCAAUGAUUGCGACGGUACAAGGAACGCUGAUGAGAUUAUGAACUCACUACGAGCAGAAGACUAUAGUCAGGAAAGCGCGGCAUUUGGAGAUGGUUCUUCUAGCAUCGUCAACCGUCGUAUUAGUUUACGGUACGCUGACGCCAAGAAGCUUUGCAGGGUGUAUCACGAUCAGUGGAAUAUCCUUCGUGCCAAAGUGUUCUGUGUGUGGAGUGAGAAGCCAAGUCAUUUGCUCGAUUUUACUAUAGAUUCCUGAGGAUAUUAUUUAUUAAGGUCGGGUUUUACACUUUAGCUAAAUAAAGAGAAUAAAACUAU